UAGCAGGAGUGGGAGAGCUCAUGUUGAGGGCAAGUCACAACCUGUUAGAAGUAUUCUCUCCAGCUGAUCUGCUCGCACCUCAGAACAGUCAACUAUGGGGAGUCAUUUGUAGCAGGAGUGGGAGAGCUCAUGUUGAGGGCAAGUCACAACCUGUUAGAAGUAUUCUCUCCAGCUGAUCUGCUCGCACCUCAGAACAGCCCCAAGUUUGAAAUCAAACUGACAUUCGCUUGCUUUAUAAACUCUAGCGACAAGUUUCCAAAAUCUGUCGAAACAACAAGCGACGUUACGAAAGUCCUUGCUAAAUCCUCCAGAUAUGAUUUCAAGAACCCGUUUGAUUACUUUACAAUGGGUAAUAUAUUUGUAGGAUAUCAACCAAUUCCUAGUAGGUUAUGGGUGAAACCUCGAAUCCAUUUUUGGGAUAUCGCAUCAGGAAUGAAAAUACACGAUGAUGCUGUACCAAGGGUUUGUUCAUAUUGCCUCGUUAUGAAAGGGGACACAACAAAGCCACUGAUACUUGUGUAUGCUUUUAAAUCAUCUACUUUUAAGAGCAGAAGUAUUAAGUUUUCACAGAUAUACCUCUACAACAUCAAGAUUAUGAAAUACACUGGUUUCCAUGGCAAUGUCCAAGCCAAAGUUUUGUGGUGGGGGAUGUCAAAUGACAUUUUGGUUACUAGACAAGAAAGGUCUUUUAAUUUCUUCAAUACCAAAUCUGGAGAAUUUCUUUCAGGUAUAGACAUGGAUUUGAAGAUGAAUGUCUUUGAUAGUGAUUUGAGGAAUUCACAAUUCAUAUUAAAUGGACAAAUGCUUUAUGCUUCAAAGUAUUACCUCAAAUCAAUCAACAUGGAAUCGCAAGAGAAUAUUCUUUGCAUUGACUUGAAUUAUAUAAUUUACUCACUAUACAAUAUUAGAGGAAGGUUUAUGAUAGUAUCUUCUAAGUCUUCGAGUGAAGUAUGGGAAAUAGAGUCCAAAGAGAUUAUAUUCAAACUGCCUUAUCUAUUUAUCGCUGAUUUUAAAAUAAAGACUGAUGCUUGCCCUAUAAGACUUGUAGCUCAGUCUCAAAAUGAAGUCAGUGUCAUCAACUUUUGGUAAUAUAUCAAACACACACAUUUCAAAAGUAUAUAAUAUAGCUAAAAUUAUGGUGUUCUAUGGUUCUUUUUUAAUGUUGGUGAGACUGUGGCUCAAUCGGUAGUGCCAAAGACUUCUGGCCCGAAGCAGGGGUGUCGUGGGUUUGGAUCCUGGUGCCUGCCACUACUUUUUAUCAGUACAGUUCACCUUUGUACUGUACCGGCUCACCCCUUGCUUUGCUGGAUACAUUCCACGUACAUGCCACUAUGCUCAUGCAUGAACGGGCAAUAAUGAUAAGUAAAAGAAGCCACCGACCCCUUAAAAAUUAUAAAUUUGUAUCACAAUCUUGCACUUAAAUAUAAAGCAUAAAUAUGCAACCAUGCUGAAAAAAAUCUUUGUGUUUGUGGAACUAAAACAAGAUUUCAAAAAUUAAAAUCAAUCUCAGAUUUUAAAAGCACGAAAAGGUUUUGUGAUUGAUUGCUUAAGAGCACAGUUGCUUUGGAACACAUGGUAGCUGCAGUCAUAAGGAAGGAAAGUAAUUCUCUUGAUUUUGUACAGUGAUUGAUGGUUAAUGAAAGAUUUUCUGUAUAUUAGAUCAGCCAGUCUAUUAUAAAAGACCGUCCUCAGGUGAAAAAACAACUUAACUAACACAUUACAACUAACAAUACAUAAACGCCCAGCCCAACCUAAGUUGGAAUACACUACAGAGAGUAGCAGUCAAUUAUAUGCACUGUAUAGCUGUCAAGUCAUGAUACAACAUGCAAAUAAUAACCAAUCACAAAACACUAUAGUCUAUAAAAGGUGUUGGGUAAACACCUCACCUCACACAAUGGAACACUAAUCUCAAAUUUUGCAAUGACUCCAUCAAUGAGACUGCAACAGCACCCAGCAACAGCUGGGGGGGAGGACUUAAAUAUACCUUUUAAAGUAUAUUUUUACAAGCCAUAAAGUGUAUGCAUGUUGGCGUAAACAAUAUGUAGUUCAAGUCAGUCCAGUGAGUUCAGACCAAAUGUAAACUACAUAGUUGACACCGGUCCGUAGCAAAAAUCCUUACUCAACCAUAGUUGAUCUGGUCUGUGGUGAAGGAUUUUUUUAACAUGUCGGUAGCGAACUUGCUAAGGGUUAAAAUGAAGUUUACACUUUGUAACCUAGAGUAAGAGGUGAGGGAUUAAAGAACUAUACUCAACAUAAAUUGGAUCUAAAUUAUUAUCAACAGUUAUGAUUAAAUUGUAAUGUAAUUGUUAUUAUGUAAAAGGUGUAUUUUUAUUUUAAUGUUUUACAAUCCCAAAACACAGAACAAAACAUAACAAGUUUGUUUUGCAAUGAAAAGUUUUAAAAUGACAUUAAUUAGUUAGAUUUAGAAUAAUUGUUCUGCUUUAGCCAAAAUAGUUUUGUAGUGGCAGUCAGUAUUUUUAAGUUCGUCUUUUUUCGUUUAAGUUAUACUAAAUCGUUUGUAUGAAAAUAUUUAUGUAGAUGUUGUAAUAUUUCAUGCCAUUUCAUUCAUUAUUUAGUAUUAAGUUUCUUAAAAUGUUAACUUUUGUUCAUACACCUUUGUUAAUAAUCACUCCUCAGAAAGGCUGGCCUAAUAUUCAUUUCCCUAAUUUAUAUAAUUUCAUUAAUCUGUUUAAUUAAUCAUUAAUAAUAUUCAUUCCAUAGCCUAUAUAUAUUUUUUUUUACAAAGCCCACAACUUAGUUAUUUAUUAAAUAUGUAAGAGAAUUGCAAUACAUCAAAAUUUUUUAUAAUAUCAUUUCAAAAUUAGUCCUUAAGGAAUCAAAAUUUAAGAAGCAGUGAAAGUGAUCCAUGUGUUCAACAAUGAAUUAUGUGAACAUUGAAAUUGGAAGAGACGGAAGCCAUUGGAGAAGUUGAAACUGUUAGUUAGAAGAAGGAGUCCAAAUUUUAUCUAAAUCAAAUUCAUUAAUAUUAUCAAGAAGACCAGUUUAUAUCAAGUUAUAUCACAGAGCCUCAACUCAAGAGGACUCAACUCCAUCAUUGUUAUCUUCAAAAUUAAGUAUAAACUUUUCUUUUUAAACUUUUUUUAAAUUCAGUGCUAAUUGGACUUACCUUUUGGACAACAUCAAAAUUAGAUUUUUUUCAUUGUUGGGAUUUGUAAGUUAACACCUUAAUUAGGCCUAUUUGGACACUAUUAAAUUUUUUAAUUCUUAGCAUUCAAGCCAGCACGACACCCUACCCUGAGAUAUAUCACAUCUAAAUUAUUUGAACCUUUAUUAUUCAAACUUAUCUUUUAUUUCAUUUUAAUUUCAACACCACACACCAUUGUCAGUCCUUUCAUUGUAACGUCAAGCCUUUUCUCAUUGCAUGUUAAUUAAUCAUUUGUUUAAAUAAAACACCUUUUGUAAUUCAUAUAUCUUUGUUAACUUAUUAACUUUAAACAUUUAUAGAAUAGGCCUAGCCUAAAAUGAAUAUUGUAAGGUGAGUUUACAAUGUACCUAUUUGUAUAUUUUACUUACAACCAUUACAAUUAUCGUUUAUUAAAUUAUCAGUAUCAUGUUAUCUUAAUUAAGUUAUUUUUAUUUUGUAGAGUUUAAACAAAGAAAGAAGAAGUUAAUGAUCAUUAAUAUCCAAGCCUUUCCUUUAAUUAAAUAGUUUAUUAAGAAAAGACAAAACAAAAAUUUUUAAUAUAAUUUCCUGAUUCCCUUAGUAUCUAUCUAUGUUUUAAACCUAAUUAUAAAUAUUCAAAACUAUAUCUUUAUAAAUAACACCGGCAUGCUGCCGGUCAAUCAAUUCAAAUGAUGGUAUGUGUUUUGUAAAAUUUAACAUUGCUAUUGUGGGACUAAAAUCCAAUAUGGUGAUGAAGACUCUUAAGUUUUAAUUUAUCCAUCUUUCUCUUCAAAUUUUUUGUUUUAUUUUAUUCUUUUUAAGAGGUUGCUCUUUUAACCUUGCAUUUGCCCGUCCACAUAGACUACAGAUCUGUGCGUGGAACGUAUACUUCAAAGCAAGGGGUGAGCCGGUACAGUAUGAAGGUGAACUGUACUGAAAACACACACACAUACAACCACAUUCCUUAGUAAACAAGAGGAUACAAAUAAAAACAGCUGUCCAGAGACAUGCUUUAGCAACAGAAUUUUGUUGUGACAAAUUAAUAAUACCAUAGAUAACACUUACUCCCUUAGUAGACUUCCCAUCCUUAUGGAACAGCUGAAGCCAAUGUUACUGUUAGUUCUGUCCGGUGUACUGUAAGAGUCGUGUUUUGUUUACAAUUUGUUUCUUGCUAUUUCAGUAAAAUUUAUACAACCUCAUUUAACCAAAUACAACUAUCUAAUCAUAAACAAUAACUUGUCCACUAGCUAUAUAACCAAACUGUGAGGCACAAAUCAUGAGAAACUAACCCUAAAAUAAUAUAAACAAAUUGUAAACAAAACACGACAUCUACAGUACACCGGACAGAACUAACAAUAAAAUUGGCUUCAGCUGCUCCAUAAGGAUGGGAAAUCUACUAAGGAGUAUGUUUUAUCUAUGAUAAUACUAAAGGUCGUUCAGUGGUCGAAAACUCAACCAAAAAUAUGUAAUGUACAGACGUCUCUAUUUUCACUGCAUGCUGUAAAUAAAACUUGUGAUUGGAA